AUGAAAGAUAAGAGAAAUCAAAGACAAGAGCCAUUGUUUCCCUCUGACAUCUCUUCAAGCCCGCAUGUUUUCUCUUUGUCUACUUUGUGUCCUGCAUUGUCUGACAGAACAAGACCCUUGUCUCAGACAUACAGGCAGACAUCAGAGGCAUCGUGUAUAGAUCUCGUACUUAACACUCUCGUUGACAUUUCGAUCUUCAAUCAAGUCCUGCCCAAAGCUAACAAGACUACUCUCUGUGUCCGAGAACAACAGCAAAACCAUUACAGAAACUGCAGAGAGAGUACGUCAACAAUGGCUCACCCCCAAGAUAUCGAUAUUCCAAUGCCGGACUACGAUCACGCUUAUGCCCUCUUCCAGGCCGAACUUACCGGCGGGGACACAGACCCCGACGAUGAGAUGACCGAUGCUCCAGUUGAUCCAGCUAUCCCUCUCUACAACAGGAACCCUCCUCACAGCUUUGAAAUUCCUCCAGCCCACAUGAUCGACCUCACAAACGAACUGACAAGACCAGGUGGCCCCCUUCCAAUCUCUGGCCCCUUCUUCAACGUCGACAUUGGCAAAACCAUGACCCUCAUGCUUGAAGCCUACCAACAGAAAAACCAACGCUUCUACAGACUCAAAUAUGCCAUCAAUUAUCUCAGCCAAGGCUUCAAUGCCAGAUGCAAAUUCCCAGGUUGUACUUCUCGAUGUCGAAUUGUUGACCACGAGCUGAAAGUCUUGACUUGGAAGAGAUUGCAGCCCGGAGGUGAGGAUCACUUGCGAUUCGUCAUCACUGACAAAGAGCACCCAGCUUUCCUUUGCGUAUCAUGCAGUCACGAAAACUGGACGCCAUCGUUCGAGUGGGUGCGCAGAGCUGUUGGCUUCAUGCCAGACCCUGUAGUCGAGACUCAGACUUAUGAGCGUUGGGCUACCCCCGAGUUCUUCUUCAGCAGACAGCGUGAUGUCAACAACUUCCCAGGUAUGGUUCAAGGUCCUGUUCUUUCUAGACGUGAUAGACGCGCUCAGCGUAGAGGUUCGGUUUAG